UUUUUCAGAGGUGAAGAACAUGAUGCUCAGAACUGGUUUGUGGACUGAAGUGGAAUUAUUUUGGAAGACAUUUGUUAUUUAGAAACUCGGAUACCGCGUCUGACAACUUUUUCCACAUAUAAAAAUUGGUUGCGCGUUUUAAAAGGACGCUGGCAAAAUGGCAAAACUGUUUCCUGACGUUCUUUUGUUAAUUGUGAGUUUGCUAAACGUUUUCACCGUGGGUGCAUCAUUAUCCAGGACAGAAGACCUGCACUCAUCUCCAGUCUUCUGCGAUGAUCCGAACAGUGUUUUACAUCCGCAGACGAAAGCAGAGCUCAUUUCAGCAUCACACACCCGCACAAGAUCCAAGCGCUGCACUUGCUACUCCUUUAAGGACAGGGAAUGUGUUUAUUACUGUCACUUGGGCAUCAUCUGGAUCAACACCCCACAGCGCACAGUUCCGUAUGGCAUGUCCAGUUACCGCAGCCCUCAGCGACUGAAACGCUCCAGUGGUACAGAUGGGACGGUACUUCAUCGCUGCACAUGUGCAGACCACAGUGAUUCCCAGUGCUACAACUUCUGUAACGCAAGAAGACAGAAUGUGCCGGACAGAAGAUUGAUAGGACGUUCACCUGGGUAAAAACACGUGACACCUCAAGCCUUUAAGAUGAUCUGCAUCAAACUGGGCACCCAACUAGGCACAGGUUUUGGAUUUUCACAGAUUUGGAGCAAAACCUUCCCCACAUUCCUCACAGUGUUAUAUUUCCUGGAACGCCCUUGACUCAUCUGGUCCACGGUAACAAGUGAAUUCUUUAGAAAACUCUUUGCAGAUUUCGGAAGCAUAUCUGUGUGGGACCCACGUCCUUGCUUCAAGGGUUACGUCCACUUGUUUCAGCCUGACUUUAGACCUAAUACAAAUAUUCAGCGGACGCCCUUGCGGAAUUGGAAAUAGACCUGUAAAAUACACUCUGCAUUAUCUCCACUUUGUGGGCUGAUUUUCAGAGAGCACACACAGGGAUUACUGUGUGAAGAUGGAGAUGAAGUGUGUCUUGAAUUUUUACGUGUGCUGAGGCUCCUUCACUUUGGCUGAUAGCAGAAAAUUAAACGUUUAACAGUGUUAUUGUUGGUGAACUGUUAGGAACUCCAAGUCUCCAGAGAGAAAGAUUGCCAGAUUAACCGCCGCAAUUUUCAACCUCCUGAAAUUAUUUCCUACAUUUUUGCUCACUCCAGCAAAAUGUAUCCCCUCUUCACAACA